CAUUCUCUAAUGGUGUUGGUCAACCCCCUAUCCGGAAAUGUUAAGCUAAAGGGGUUGUUUUCACCCAUCGCUAUGAACCGUACGUGUGAUGCUUUGGAACUAAGGCUGCCAAACUUGUGCGUGUGUGAGGGUUGGGAUGUACCAGCAAAUAAUGACACUUCACGUAUUCCUAUCGCUGAGUUCGCGAUGGGUCAGUUGAACAAUCUCUUGGAAAAUCAAAUACAGAACAUUUAUGAACGAUCCUGUCAAAGAUUGCAACCGUUAUGGUUUGAAAAUAUUCGAGAAAGAAGCUCGACAAAAGACAGAUCUCUGAUCACUUCGAUGGAUAUUCGAGUUAAAGCAGGAGAUGUUGUUCCUCAAAGGGAAGACAUAUUUCAUGUGGAAGUAAUGACAAGGGAAAUGUUUGGAGAAAAUUCUUUACAAAUGACCUUGGUCUCUUUUGACCGUCUGACAUUAUUUGGAAAAUACGCAGAGUGCGCCGAUAAUGAUGUUGACCUUAAAUUAUGUGUGUGCUCGCAGAAAGCAAUACAGAAGAAGUUAAUGGUGGCGUUUUCGUCAGAACACUGGGUACAUUUUGGACAACGCCCAGUUGUUAGAAAACUUAAUAAUACAAAUUGUUUAUGGCUGAUUACAUGGCCUUUUGCUAAAAACACAUCGAACACAUAUGAAGUAGCCAACUUGUGUCAUAGUCAGACUUAUCGAGUUAAGAUAUACGUGAAGAAAGUUUCUAACAUAAAAUUUUCUUGUGAGCUCCCUGUAACAUUAACUGUUACACCUGGUAAUGUAUUGUUUGCAUUUUCAGUUCGAAAGCACAUCAGUUAUUGGGAUGCUAACAUAGAAGUUUAUACUGGGGUUGAAAAGAACUAAAGAUUAUUGCUGACACACAUGUCCGUAUUUCAUCAGCCUGUGGGAUCUGCAUCUGAAAUAUGUGUGGAUUUCGCUUAAAUAGUUAAAGAAUUACUUGAAAGUAACUUCAUGAUAGAUAAAAACAAAACAAAAGUAUCUGAAAACUGA